CUAGCCUAUAUUCAACGUACGCCCUCUCCAGAGUGGACAGACGGAACAGCUGCCAUAAAUGAAGAAACAGUGGUUCAGAUGUCAGAAUAAAAAUUACGGAUUCGUAGUCCUGUCCAGCAAAUCUACAGCAAUCCAAUACAAUCGAUCAGCCUUUGAAAAUUGCUAAGCGGAAGUCCCAUUCGCUGUGUUCGUCAUCGUCCACUGGGUAAUUCGACUGCUUUCAAUUUUUUUUUUUUUUUAAAUCGCAUAGCCUACUCACGACGCCUCCGUAGCAUCAAAGUAAAUAUACGAGGUCUCACUCGUUCAGAGACUCUCAAACUAACAGAGGUGCAGUACAUCUCAGCACUGUACCCUACUGGAUAUUUUAAGGACCAAUUUAAUUUAAAGGUCGUUAAACGGAUCUGAAAAAGGAGAGUCCGUCGUCCCCCUGAGGGGUUCAACCCAGUGACUGGCACCGACAGGCAGGGUACCGUGCACCGUCCCUCCCACCCCCCCUCGCCAGAGCACUUCCUGUUCCCCCCCCCCACGGGGGCUGGCAGAGACCACCCGCCAUGGAGACCGCCAUCCGUGCCGUUCUUCCCGCUGUGCUGCUCCUGAUUGGCUGUCUGGAAGGUUGUCGUGGGGAUGAAAAGACUGGCUGCGCGAUCUGGCUUCCCUCCGGAGAGACGGACGUGUGCUGUAAGAAGUGCCGACCCGGAAACCAUAUUGUCUCAGAGUGCGGGCCGGACCCCAAAGAGCUGUGUGUCCCAUGUGGGGCAGGAACCUACAGCACAGAGCACACACUGUACGCCUGUCGCAGCUGUACACAGUGCAGAGGGGCAGUGAGGACUGUGAGGCAGGCCUGCACCAGCAGCAGCGACACGGUGUGCGGGUGUGUGGACGGGUUCCGCUGUGCGGACGCUGACUGCUCGCGCUGCGCCAAGGAGUGCGGAAGAGGGGAGGAGCCCACGGACAAACUGACCUGCCAGGCCUGUCCGGAGGGGACGUUCAACGACCAACUUCAUCAGAAAUGCAUUCCCUGGAGAACCAGCUGCCCUCUCCCGGGACAGGGAAUCGUGGCUCUGGGCACCGCGGUCCAUGACAUCGUCUGCGGCAACAUCGCUGACCCCGUCCCGGACCUGAAACCCAAAACGGAGGUCGACGAUGGGGGGCGCGUCUCCUUGAUUGUGCUGAUCGCCUGCCUGAGUCUUAUCGCCAUCACGGCCACUGCUGGCGCGGUCGCCUGCGGAAUCCUGAGGAAGAGGAAGGAGAAGACGACGAAGAACACGCCGGCGGUGGCUGACAAACCUACGACAGAAGGACCCCAGUGGGAGGAGCAGCAGGUGGAGUGCAGUCUCUGCCACCCACAGCAGGAGGAAUGUGGGAGCCAGGACUCUGUCGCCUCCCACGGGUCGGAGGACAAACUGCUUCCUGUGUAAGACGAGGAUGUGGGUCCUCACAAUGCAGCAGGUCCCCACAAUGGAGGGGGUGAUGACAAUGAGGGGGGUCUCCACAAUGGAGGGAUUUUACCCACAGGGAAGGAGGUCCUGAUAAUGGAGGGAGACCCCACCAGGAAGGGGGUCCUGAUAAUGGAGGGAAACCCCACCAGGAAGCGGGUCCUCGAAGCUCUGCGCCUUUAGGUUCGGAAAUCUCAAAUCUGUUGACAGACACUUGUUCGUACUCUUUUUUGUUGUAUAAAAUAUUCCGUAUUUUCUACCUUUUUACCUGGACACUGGACUAUGAAAAGGGUUUACUCGAUGUAUUAAACACUGGACAUGUCAUUUCAACACAUGA